AUGCGAUUCUCAACCCUCGUCUCGGCCGCCGUCCUGGCGCCCCUCGCCUGCCUGGCAGCGCCGGCCAGCGACGCGCAGGGCUCGGCGCUCGCGACCGGCGACGGCUGGCUGUACAAGCGAGAGAACCUGUGCAGCCUCAAGGCGCCGCCGGCGCUGUGCCAACCGAACUCGUCGGUGACGGUCGACGAGACGGCGCUGCGCGCGUACAAGUUCUACCGCGCGUUUGUCGUCGACGGCGACCCGCGCACCAUGUUUUCGCUGAUAGACUCGACGUACAAGCAACACCACGCGGGCUACGCCGACGGCCCCGGCGCCAUCUGGUCGCUGUUCUGCAACGGCCGCAAGAUCGGCAGCGAGUCCGGCACCGCCUGGUGCUUCGAUGCUGCCACCAACAUGUCGUACGCCCAGUACUCGACCACGGACCGGUGGCGCUGGGUCGACGGUUGCGUUCAUGAGCACUGGGACCAGAACGAGUCGAUCCCGAAGAGCAAGUGCUACAAAUUGCCCGCCGGCACGUCGUAG